UUAAGGGUCACCACUUAAGCAAAGCAAAGCAAAAUAAAAACCUUAUAAUCGAUUGUCCAUCAUUAUCAUAAUUUCUAUUCAUUAUAUAUUUGAACAUUUAUGCAUCUUAAAGAACCCCAUUCCAUUCGUCCUCAAGAUUUGAUCUUUGUUGUGUUUUCUCUUCUGCGGUCCCGGCCACCUCAAACGUUAACACCACAUCAUUCUUUUUACGUCUCUAUCAGUUGCUGGUGGGUGGACUUCGACUUAGAGGUUGACAUCUCUUUCUCUUUCUCUUUCUCUCUCAUUCUCAAGCCGUUUUAGCGCCACCCUUUUAUCUCUCAGCUUACAGCAAUCUACCUCCAAAACGAAUAAGAAGAGAGAGAGAGAGAGGGAUUCAUGAAUGCUUUAUUAGGGUUCUCAUAUUUGCUUCCUUUCAUCCACUACUGCUCCUGAAACCUCUUUCCUUCUCUUUUCUCUCUUCUCAUUCUCAAUAAUCCUCGGGAUCUGAUCUCUUUCUCAUCUUCCGGGUAGAAACUAGAUGCAGCCGGUGAAAGCAAAGCAGUGUUGAGAACAAAGAAGAAGAAGAUUGAGUUCAAUUCCCGAGGAAAACAAUUAACUUUCUACUUUGCUUUUCCUGUUUGUUUUGUCCGCUUGUGUCUCCCUGCCUUUCUUUCAGUGCUGUUUUUUUUUGUCUGGUUCUGUUGGAUUUCCUUUGACCAAGUUACGACAAAAAGGUUGUUGAUGAAAGAGAACUUGAACAACUUUCUCAUCAACCCUAGAUACCUCAAGAUUUAGUGCUACGAACCAGUUUUUCGUUUCGUCAGAUCCGUUCCAGAACUGUACUUGGAGUCUAUACAUAGUCAUAUCCUCAGAGGGAGCAAUAUAUAAAGGUUAUAAUUUUUUGAGAGCCGAAAUGAACACAUUUUCGCAUGUACCUCCAGGCUUUCGGUUUCAUCCGACCGAUGAAGAACUGGUAGGUUACUACCUUAGGAAGAAGGUAGCGUCUAAAAGGAUUGAUCUAGAUGUGAUCAAAGAUGUAGAUCUCUAUAAGAUUGAACCAUGGGAUCUCCAAGAGUUAUGCAAAAUAGGAACAGAUGAACAAAGUGACUGGUAUUUCUUCAGUCAUAAAGAUAAGAAAUACCCAACUGGAACUCGCACGAAUAGAGCUACAAAAGCAGGAUUUUGGAAAGCGACGGGAAGAGACAAGGCAAUAUACUCUAAGCAUUGCCUGAUUGGCAUGAGAAAGACUCUUGUGUUUUACAAAGGAAGAGCCCCAAAUGGACAGAAGUCUGAUUGGAUCAUGCAUGAGUACAGGCUAGAAACUAAUGAAAAUGGAACUCCUCCGGAAGAAGGAUGGGUUGUGUGUAGAGUGUUCAAGAAGCGAAUGACUACAAUGCAGAAAGUGGGAGAAUAUGAUCAGUCACCCUGUUGGUACGAUGAGCAAGUUUCCUUCAUGCAAGAUUUUGAAUCCCCAAGGCGCAUUUCCCAGCCUUAUGCAUCAUACCAUCAGCACCACCCAUGCAAACCUGAGCUCAUGGAAUUGCAAUACAACAACAUACCCCACGAUGCAUUCCUCCAACUUCCGCAACUUGAAAGCCCCAAACUAACUCACUCAGCACCCAGUUUGAGUUGCAGCUCAGUUGUCCCUUUUGCUUAUGAAACCAGCAACAACAAAAACAACGGAAGCACCUUGCAGUUCUCAUCACUCUCUCAGGAAGAACAGAUACAAUACUGCCACCAACAAAGUCAAAAUUCCCUCUAUGAUAAUGCGGUUGACCAAGUCACAGAUUGGCGAGUGCUUGACAAAUUUGUUGCUUCUCAGCUUAGUCACAACCAAGAUGUUUCCAAGGAGACCAGUUAUUCCAAUGCACCUAUUUUCCAAGUGGCUGAACAAAUUUCUGUGGUAACCAAUGGAUCCAAAAAGGAGCAAAUUUCUCAGGAAUAUGCUUCAACAUCUACCUCCAGUUGCCAGAUUGACCUGUGGAAGUGAAAGUUUAUAAAUAUAUAUUAUAUAUAGUAACUGAAAGAUAUAUGAUGCAUAAUACUAAUUAUAGGAAGUGCGUACAAGUAAAUGUUGAAAAAAAAAAAAGACAACAGUGUUUCUCCCGGUUGUUGUACAUAAUAAACCCAGAUGUUUUAUAUAUAUAUAUACCAUUAGUUGUUGAACCUC